GCAGUAAGUUGAGGAAGUCAGGAAGUAAUUUUUCAGUAGCUUACGCAGGAAAUUUAAACUUUCAUUUUAGUAGAUCUAGAUUCUAGUGCUAAGUAAAAACUACAUGCACGAUUUUAAUUCCUAACUUUGACUACGUGCCAUUUGGAGCUGACUAGUUAUAUAAUUCCUGUACAAAUCUCCUUCCAUUCAGCAGUGAAGGCUUUUUGUUUGAUGUAAACAUUCCAAGUUAAAUCUCAGUCCACCGAAUGUGAUUCUACAGUCCAAUGUUAUACAACUUACAAGUCAUUAAAAAAACCAGUCAAUUUUCAUGGAGAUUCAAAUGUGUUUUUUUUUUAGAUUUGUUGAAUAACAAUAUAUCAAAUGGUGCAUGGUCUAUAUAACCAUGUGCUUAAUAAUAACAGUUUCACAUACACAAAAACAUCUGAAAGUAUCAUUGUGUCAUGUGUAAUCAUUCUCUAAGGAUAAUACCACAAACUUACAAGCACUUGUUAAUUAAUCUAGAGGAUAAAUAUCCAACACAUCUUUAAAAGAAAUUUAAUAGAAAGUUCUCUUUUCAAGACAAGUCUAAAAAUUGCAUUAUGCCAAAACCCAAGUGUUUAUUUUCUUGUGACAUGUGUAAAAAAACUUUUAACAACAAAUCUAAUUUAACUAGGCACUUACAAAUGCAUACAGGGAUUAAGUCAUUUUCAUGCAGUGUUUGCAGCAAAACAUUUCUAACUAAACAUCAUUGCAGUGAGCACAGUCUUACACAUUCACUGUCUAGAGAUUUAUUUGUAUGUCCUGUUUGCCAUAAAUCUUUUACUACCAGGCGUCGUUUUAAAACACAUCAGGUAGUGCAUACACAUGAGAAACCAUUCACCUGCAAUGUUUGUCUCAAAUCGUUUUCUUUUAAGUGUUCUUUGCUUGUUCACCAAGCUAGCCAUGCACAAGAUCAAACAUUCUCUUGCAGUUUUUGUAGUAAAACUUUUGUUAAUCGUACAAGUUUUCGACGGCAUCAGCAUUUACAUGAAAAGGGGAAGCCUUAUUCUUGCAGGCUUUGUACAAAAACUUUUGCAACAAAUUAUCAUUUAAAACGUCAUCAGUAUACUCAUAGUAUAAUAAAACCCGUCAGAUGUAUUUUGUGUAACAGAACUUUUGGCUACAAAUCUACAAUAGAAGAUCAUCUCAUUAGCCAUAUAGAAGGUAAAGACAAUUCUUUUAGUUGUAAAGCUUGUAAUAAAUGUUUUACUGGUAAUGGAGCUUUGGAGCAGCAUAGCUUCACUCAUCUAGAGAAGAUAUUUACUAAUAGUAAUAGGCCUACUUGCACUGUUUGCUCCAAAUCAUUCAGUUCUCUGUCUGGUCUAUAUAAACAUCAAGUUGUGCAUACAGGGACGAGGCCAUUUGUUUGCAAUAUUUGUGGUGCGACUUUUAAGUUGAAACAUCAUUUAAAAGGACAUCAGCUUGUGCAUUCAAAGGAGAAAAUUGGAAUAUGCUGUUUGUGUAACAGAACUUUUACUUACAGAUCGUCCUUAACAAGACAUCUGUUAAUACAUUUGGUAUAGAAGCGUGCAUCAGAGACUAGACCUAAAAUACUUGAGCGACAGAAUCAAGUACUGAAAAUUUUUUUUGUUUAGUUACACAUCAUAAUAAUUCCAUUGUAUUUGGCCAAUUUGUUCUUUAGCUAAACUAUUUUUCUUAUUACAUUUUCUUGGAUCAAUAUUUUAAACUGAGGUAAUGGGUGUAGUAUAAUCAACUUGUCGCCAAAUCUUUGCUUUUAGUCAGUAGUAAAUUGGGAUAAAAGGAUGAUUUCUAAUAAAGGAGUUAUAAAAGUAAUGGAACAAAAUACUACAAAUUAAUAGUAGAUGAUAAAGUGAUUAAAAGAUUUUAAUUGUAAAAGAUAUAAUGCUAUUUUUCUGAUAAUAACCAAACUAUUAAAAAUACAUAUUUAUGUUCAUUAGGAUUAAAUUGGGUAAAGAGUGUGUAUGUUUUUUUUUUGGCUGCAUAAGUAAAUAAAAAGGUUUUUGUUCUCAGUGUUUUUUAGGCUUUAUACUUUAUUGUAAGUAAAAACUUGAUAAAAUGAAUAUAUGCUAUUUAACAACUUAAUAAAAUGAAUGUAUGCUGUUUAAGAACUAGAUAAAAUGAAUGUAUGCUGUUUAACAACUAUAUAACAUUAAUGUUUGCUAUUUGACAACUAGAUAAAAUGAAUGUAUGCUAUUUAACUAGAUAAAAUGAAUGUAUGCUAUUUAACAACUUAAUAAAUUGAAUGUAUGCUGUUUAACAACUUAAUAAAAUGAAUGUAUGCUGUUUAAGAACUAGAUAAAAUGAAUGUAUGCUGUUUAACAACUAUAUAACAUUAAUGUUUGCUAUUUGACAACUAGAUAAAAUGAAUGUAUGCUAUUUAACUAGAUAAAAUGAAUGUAUGCUAUUUCACAACUUGAUAAAAUGAAUUUAUGCUAUUUAACAACUUGAUAAAAUGAAUGUAUGCUAUUUAACUAGAUAAAAUGAAUGUAUGCUAUUUAACAACUUAAUAAAUUGAAUGUAUGCUGUUUAACAACUUAAUAAAAUGAAUGUAUGCUGUUUAAGAACUAGAUAAAAUGAAUGUAUGCUGUUUAACAACUAUAUAACAUUAAUGUUUGCUAUUUGACAACUAGAUAAAAUGAAUGUAUGCUAUUUAACUAGAUAAAAUGAAUGUAUGCUAUUUCACAACUUGAUAAAAUGAAUUUAUGCUAUUUAACAACUUGAUAAAAUGAAUGUAUGCUAUUUAACUAGAUAAAAUGAAUGUAUGCUAUUUAACAACUUAAUAAAUUGAAUGUAUGCUGUUUAACAACUUAAUAAAAUGAAUGUAUGCUGUUUAAGAACUAGAUAAAAUGAAUGUAUGCUAUUUGACUAGAUAAAAUGAAUGUAUGCUAUUUGACAACUAGAUAAAAUGAAUGUAUGCUAUUUGACAACUUGAUAAAAUGAAUGUAUGCUAUUUGACAACUUGAUAAAAUGAAUGUAUGCUAAGGGGUCACCCACAAAUGACGUCACGCUUUUUUGGACGAUUUUACCUCCCCCCCCCCUCCCCUGCGUCACACAUCGUCACAAAAAGCCAGACCC